AAGGCGUUAGUUAGUUGAGCUACAUCUGUUGUAAGAGAACUAGUUCUGCUGCAACACCCAACCUAAGAAAAGUAUAACCAAUAUGGCUUCUGUCUGUGUGUCUGUGUUAUAUAUAGCUGUUAUAUUAAUUCUACUGGACGGUUUCAUAAAUGUUUGUGACGGCAAAGACUGCAACAAACCGUUGGAACAAGUUGCGCGGUGUUACACAGAGAACCACUUGACCUUCCCGGCCAACAUAAGCACGUCAAUGUCGUACGUCAAUGAACAGAUGUGUCGAAAACCCGACGAUGCUGCUAAAGCAAUGAGCUGUUAUCUACAGCGCCGAGUAGAUUGUAUCGGUGCUAAUUUCGGCGGUUACCUCGCUUCUCCCAACAAGACAAAAGAGGUGGUUGCCAUCGCUUGCAGGAAGAUUACCCUGUUUAAUGAAAAAUGCUCCAAAAGUCAAUCACCUAAAUUCUCGUCAUGCGUACAGAAUAAGUUGAUAGCGAUAGCUAUGUCUUCUGAUACAGACUUUAGACAAAAAAUGUGCAAGACACAUGAAGCAACGUACUCGUGCAUGAGACCAGCACUAGGACCGUGUGGCUGUGCCACCUAUCAGGUGAUGGAGGAAACUAUCAAGGGUCCAUUGUGGCCAGCUUUGUGUUCCCAACCACAGCUUGACUCGUAUCACUGUGACCCUAAUAACCCGAAUGUAUUUUUAGAUUCAGGGUCACAGAUGGUGCCAAGUCUCUUGCUCUGGUUAAUUAUAAUCCUAACAAUAUUGCUCUUUUAGAAUAUAUGUGCAUUUACACAUCCGGCUUUAUCAUUUUUUUAAUCAAGUAGUUUAACUUUAUUAGCAUGUUUAUUUGCCUUUUAUAAUGUGUUUACUUAUAUUAUUUUACUUAUAAACUUGCUGUUUUAGAAGAGAUUUCUGUCCUCAACAUUUUUCUAAUAUUAAUUUACGUGAAGUUACUGUACACUACUUUAUAUAUCUAAGUGUGUUGUUAUGUAUAACUUAAGAAAAUAAUGAAUAUUGUUGUAACAUUGGUUAUCUACUGGAGCUUUUGAGUUUUGAAGUUAGUUGUUUAGGUGUUUCUCUUUAUUUAAGCUUUUUUAAACCUAAAGAACUUUGCAUUUUUCACCUUUGUGCUUUUAAGUUAUAUCCUAUUUUGGUACAAAACGUAGGUUCAUUUAACAGGUAUACUCAAUCCAUAACAAAACAUAGCCACAAUGUACGAAAUAAAACAUGUAUUUUAAAAAUGUGCAACCAUCUCCACGAACAUAUACAGAACAAACACAUACAAAUCAUUUACUAGUGUACAAAGGCUAGAGACCAUCAAUGCACUCUACAAGGAUUUUAAACUGGUAUCUUUGCAUUCUAUACGGAGUUUAUACUAGUAUUAUUGCACUAUACAUGGAUUUUAGUCAAUGUUUAAAGUGAAAAAUGGAGAUAAUUGUUAUAAAGUUAUAAAGUGUGGCGAUCUAUUAGACGUUGAUACAUUAAGAAAAAACAUUUUGAAAUUAUAGACGAAUAAUUUUCUUUUCGAAAAUGAUUUAAAAAAGAGUUUUUUUAAAUAACUUGAUUUAUGAUAAGCUUUAGUCUUAAUUCCAAUUAUUGAUCAAUAACUUCACAAUGUUUAAAUAUAUGAUUUAGGUCUACACGUCUACAACUCUUAUGCACCAAAAUGUUCGGCUAAUUCAGUGUAUCACUUGUUCCUAAACAAAUUUAGCAUUAACACAAUGGAAAGCUUACCAAUAAAUGGAAAGUGAAAGCACGUUGAAAACGAAACUAAGCCAUGGAAUUUCUAAAACAAGUAUGUGGGGGCUAUGACCAGAAAGAGUGUUGUACCGUAUCAUUUUCUUUCAUUGGCCUAACUCUUCAGGUUAUGGUAAAUGUGAAGUUGUCGGGGUAUUCAAUUAGAAUUACGCUUUAAAUUAUUUGAAUUCAUUAUUGGGUCUGCUUAAUUUGUAUGGUGCUGUUCAAGAUAUGUAAAAUUCACUCUAUUUUAAUAAAAGCU